UUUUCUUUCUCAUUGCCGUUGUUAUGCAGACUAGUCUUCCAGUAUUUAUUCCUCAAAGGAAUCAAUCUAACUUCGCCAGCAAUGGGAACUGCCAUGCCAAACAUUGCCCCAGGUCUUAUCUUCAUCAUCGCAUGGAUUUCCGGGUUAGAGAAAGUCAACUUAAGCAAUAAAUAUAGUCAAGUAAAAAUCUUGGGAACAUUGCUUUGUGUGUUGGGAGCUCUCACAAUGAGCAUAAUGCAAAGCAUUUCUGCUCCUGCAACAGUGAAAAAUGACACAGUCGAAUUAACACCGCCACCAUCUGCUUUUACCUUUGACAUACAGAAGAUAAUCGGUUGCCUCUAUCUCGUGGUUGCAGUCUUCAUUUUGUCAAGCAACGUUGUCCUGCAGGCUUUUGCUCUAGGAGAUUUUCCUGCACCCAUGUCCUUGGGUGCAAUAACGUCCUUGAUUGGGGCGUUCAUGACUGCAAUUUUUCAGUUUCUUGAAGACCACGAAGUGAAAACCAGUUGGCUGCUUGUGAGGUCUGGAGACUUAAUUGGCUUUUUUAUUCUGGCAGGAGCUGUGAGUGGAAUAUGCCUGAGCUUCAAUGGGUGGGCACUGAAGAAGAAAGGGCCAGUGUUUGUCUCCAUGUUUAGCCCAAUUGGUACAGUUUGCUCUGUUAUUUUCUCGGUAGUUACCCUAGAAGACACUAUUAAUAUUGGAAGUCUUGAAGGCAUGUUUCUCAUGUUCACUGGGCUCUACUUAGUUCUUUGGGCCAAAGGGAAAGAAGGACACCCAGAUGGAGAUGGCUUAGAGAAAUCUUGAAACAGCUGCUCCCUUGACGUAUUGGUGACAGAGAAUUCCCAAGAGCACAUUGUAAAAAGAUAGAGGUCUCUUGGGUUCGAAGUAAUGACUCGUGACACCGUAGUUGUUUUUUUUUUUUCUUCUUCUUCUUUAUAAAAUUCCUAGGUCAUAUAGGUGCGACAUUUUAAGAUGCAAGUGAAGCAAAAUUUAACCCCUGGCUAGGUACAAGCAAAAUAUCGUGACACUGCUCUGCUGUUGUUGGAUGUAAUUGGAUAAUAUACCGAAAAAAACAUGUUAUUGUGACAAGAUAGGUGGGUCGUUUGGUUUUGGUCUCAUAUUUGGUUUGAAAGAUGUCACUGCAUGCAUCACAGUGUGUUCUAUAUAUGCUGUGUUGAUGUUGCUUAUGGUGACUUUCUGGUGAGAGUGAGAUAAACUUGGGGGAAUAUAAACCGGUUGGUGCGGCCAUAUGUGUACGUGUAGUUGUGGACAACAUGUGACUAACAUUUUUUGUAUCAAUACAAAAAGUUAAUUACGUUUCUACUUUCUAGUUCUCAAAUUCUAAUCCAUGUAAAAUUUGAAGAGUCGAAGUGGAAUUGACAUGUAUUGAAUGUAAAAGUUUUAUAUUAUUAAUCAAUAAAAGAUUAU